GCUAACCUUCACAUCCAAGCAAAACACAUGUGCGACAGGGUUCGAGAAAAGAGGCUGAAAUUCAACGAUUCCGAUCAUUUUAAUCUAUAACAUUCACCAAGACUACUUUAAGAGCUUUUUCCGGUAGUCGUUCCGAUUAUUCGUUUUUCUGCGAAAACAAAAUCCUUUAGCUAGCUAAAAUGAAAGACUAGCACCCACCAGCUCAUUUCUGCACUCCUGGAGUAAACAUAGUUUGCUGGCUUUCAUGUGGGUGUCGCCUGCUCUCCAACGAUGAGGUUCCCUUUUCGUUCUGUUGCCAGAAGUUGUAAGGCUGUUCACAAACUGCGACAAAGCCCUUUCUUAUUACCAGAUUGUGCUGUGUCGAGACAUCAGAGGAUCGCUGUGUUGAGCCAUCAAUGCAAAGAUGAGAGGAGUUACUACAUAACCACCCCCAUCUUCUAUGUCAAUGCUUCUCCUCAUUUAGGACACCUGUAUUCGGCUGUGAUAGCUGACUGCCUUCACAGGUACAAGCUGCUUCAAGGGUUCAACUCAAAGUUUUCAACAGGCACAGAUGAGCAUGGCUUGAAAAUCCAACAAGCUGCUGAAGCUGCAGGAAAAGAUCCCCUGACCUUCUGCACUGAUGUGUCUGAAAGAUUCAAACAUCUCUUCAGCAGCUGCAACAUUUCGUACACAGACUACAUAAGAACCACUGAGCAGAGACACCGUCAGGCAGUGGAGCAUUUCUGGUCAGUGCUCUGGAAAAAAGGACACAUCUACAAGGGGCAUUAUGAAGGCUGGUACUCCACACAGGAUGAAAGUUUCCUCACGCCAAUGCAGGUGGACGACGCUGUGGACUCAUCAGGGAAGGAGAUCAAGGUGUCGCUGGAGAGUGGACACAAGGUGGAGUGGAUGAAAGAGGAGAACUACAUGUUCCGUCUGUCUGCGUUUCGGUCUCAGCUGCUCGACUGGCUCAGAGGAAAUCCCCAGGCCGUACAGCCUGAACAUUUCUACCAGAUUGUUGUCCAGUGGCUAGAGCACGACCUUCCAGACCUGUCAGUGUCCCGGCAGAGAAGCCGCCUUCAGUGGGGCAUCUCGGUCCCCAACGACCCUGAGCAGACCAUCUACGUGUGGCUAGAUGCUCUGGUGAACUACCUCACAGUAGCUGGCUAUCCAGAUAACCACGACCAAUGGUGGAAUGUGGCCCACCAUGUUGUAGGAAAGGAUAUCUUAAAAUUUCAUGCCGUCUACUGGCCAGCUUUCCUCCUGGGAGCUGGACUGCCGCUGCCACAGACGAUACAUGUGCACUCUCACUGGAUAGCGGGAGGAAAGAAGAUGUCUAAAAGUUUGGGUAAUGUGGUAGAUCCUCUUCAACGCUCACAGUUGUUUACAACUGAUGGUAUGAGGUACUUUCUUCUGCGUCAGGGUGUCCCAGACUCAGACUGUGAUUACACAGAUCACAAAGUACUCAAGCUACUCAACGCAGAACUAACUGACUCCCUGGGAGGUCUGCUUAACCGCUGCACAGCUACGGCUCUUAACCCAGCGCAGGUCUACCCCUCUUUCUGUCCUCUGUCCUUCCCAAGAGAACAGGGAGGCAGGGCUGUGGUCGAAGACUACCUCAUGUUGGAUGCUGUGAAAAAUCUCCCCGCUGUGGUAGAGCAGCACUAUGAGAGCAUGCAUGUGUACAAAGCGCUGGAGGCCAUCACUGCUUGUGUGAGGCAGACCAACGGGUUUGUUCAUCGCCACGCACCUUGGAAGCUGGACAAGAGGAACAGUAAAGAGCAGCGCUGGCUAGACACUAUCAUCCAUGUUUCCCUUGAAUGCCUGAGGGUUUAUGGCACACUCCUCCAGCCAAUAGUGCCAGAGAUUUCCAACAAACUCCUGUCCAGGCUCGGGGUGCAGCCAGGUGAGAGGAGCUGGGCAGCUCUGAACUUCCUGCCAACGUAUCAGGGAAUGGACUGUCCCUUUGAAGGGAGAGCACUAGGAUCUGACACUGGAGUACUUUUUAGUCGCUUGGAAAGUCAGAAUGUUGAUGAACAAAAACGUAACAAAGCAAAAAGGAAAAAAAAUUGAAAUGAGGAAUUGUUUUGUUCCCUGUAGACUGCUUCAGUAAGAAAUAAAAGUCCUGUGGUACACUCCAAGUGUUUUCAGUUUAAUCUUCUAAAGGCUGUGAGGCGUUUCGACUGUGCUUGAUUAUCAUCUUCCUCGCUUUUUGUUAGUUUUGCUGUAAACUGUCAGGACAGAACAACUUAUACCUGCAAUAGCCUUAUUUUGAUUUGUCAUGGCAGGAAACACAUAACAAUGGCUCUGUUCCACGUAAGUGUGAGAAAGCCAAGGCCGUGAGCGAGCAUGCACAACACCCAGACACUGGAUCUGACAUAAAUCUGACUGGAAUAUAGCCUUUAUUAUUGAUAUUAAUUGCACCUGUGCUGUGAAAAAGACCUGCUCCCAGCUUAACUUCACCCCACGCCCACGCCCACCUGAGCAGAAGUAUAAUUAGGCACAAAGUGAAAACACCUGUGCUGGCCUUUUAGAUUUUGCUUGUAAUACCCUUUUGUAUUUUGUUUGAAAAUGUUGGACUUUUUUUUUUUAUACAUAUAUAUAGUGUACAUGGCUCUUAGUCUACAACAAAAUGGAUCUGAGUUAGACCUAACUCUAAAUACUAAUAGACAGGUAGUAUCAGUGUGAAUGAUGUGCAUGUCUUUCAAGGCACUCACCAAAAGUAUUGCUUUUCUUCUGUUGAAGUUCAGUUAUGUUACAGACGUUAUUUCUACUUGAUAGUAACACUCCCAUGCAAAAUUUUGACAAGUUGUCCAAUCACUAAUAAUAAACAAUAAAAAUUAUUGAUGGCUACAUACCAUGUAGCUCAGUUUCAGGGUCCUGGUGUUGUGCACGCUGGCUCACCGGGACACGUCAAUGCAACCUCGGCAUCGUUAACGUUAUUAGUAACACCUGUGCUUUUUUUCCUGCUGAGAAAACAGUCUAUUGUAGCAAAGCUUUAGACACUGUUUUCACUUGUAAUAGUGUAAUGCUACAUUGAGGCACACACUGAAACUGUAAAGGUUGCCCAACCACUGCAGUAAUAAGUUGAGGAAAAGUGCCUCCAGCAUCAACUUGUCUUGUUAAAGAAAAUUGUGGAAUAAAUAUAAAAAAACCUGUUGUUAAAAGCUGUCAUUUACCUCUGUGCAUCAUGUUGGGUUAUCAUCCUAUCAGUCAUAUCUACUGAUGAAAUAAAUUCUUCUUCUGGAAAAUUAAAUGCUCAUGUACAGUAAGUUCCUGUUUAAAAACCUUAAUUUCAAAUAAUUGUGGGAUCAAUCAUUGGCCAACACAAUCUGAUCAACAGGAUGUAAAAGUUACUCAAAACACAGAAUAACUUAGUGUUAGGAUUUUUUUUGCUUAACAACAGCCUUAUUUGAUCCCCACUACUCUCACCAUAACUGUUAGACUGACAGGUUUUGAACAGUAUACAGGCAGCCAACACAAGUACAAGACAUAAAAACUGACAUGAUUUUUUAAUGAGAAAUACACGAAACUGAAAAAAUUGUACAAAUUGAAAUAAAAUAAAAAAAUUGCAUUAUUCUUAUAAUUUCUGGUACUUUUUUACAUAGACUUCUCCAUUA